AAUUUGCGUCAUCAUUGUAAGUUACGUAAAUGCCAACACUUGAAGCUUACUAAACAGAUGCAGGUGAAGAGUUGCCAGGUAGAGGUUCACCCAAAUAACUGGAGGAAAGAACUGCGGUUUUAAUUCAGAUUCUGUCUACAGCUUUGGCUAACGCCACAGAAUAUAUUUCGGCGAUAUGGAUGUUGCAGUGGACAAAACAAGUGGAUUAACUGUGUUGCCAGAUAAAGAAAAUUCGAGUCAAUGCUCCGGCAAAAAUUGGAAAACAACUAAAGAAGGCAUUGUGUUUGAGAAAAGCCGUUGCCACUUAACUAAGAAGGCAAAGUUGUUUGCAGUCAUCUUUGGCUUGGCCCUCGCAGGAUGCUUGAUUGGCGCACUCUACUUCGCGGGUGUAUUCAAUGAAGCACCUGAAUUCGCUGACGCAUUAGAAGGUGAAGCCGAUCUAGUAACUGACGACGGUGGCAAAGAAAUAUAUGGUAUAAAAGUUGACUUUGACAAGAAGAUCAUUCAACUUAGCUUUUUGAAAGAAAGGCAUGAUGGGACAAAUAGAGGCCGCCGUGACGUCAAUUCGGUUGAAAACAAUGGCCCCCAAAUAAAAAAGAUUGUAGUUCAGGAUUUUGGAAAUAAAAAAAAGUACCUCUUGAUCCCUGGUAAAAAUGGAACAACAAAAUGUCUGAAGACGACAUUGACCGGAGAAAUGCUUCCAAAGGACCUUCUAAAGCAUGCUCGCAAUGAAAAGAUUCCUGACGAUGUCAAACAACGGGUAUUGCAACGACUUCGCUUUGGCGAUGAUUCUGAAGCUGAUGUUUUGGUGCCGGAUGGAAACGAGACUCAGACUAUGGUUUACAAAGGGAUUGGAUUUAACAUGUCACUGCAUGCAAUGUCCAAAAGGAACAUAGCACUGGAGGACCUCGACGCCAUAAAAUGUUUUGAUUACCAAGAACAAACAAACAAAAUUGAAGAUGCCUUCUACCUGUCCAACCAAUCAAAAAUGUUAUUGGACAAUAUUAACGAAGACCAGGCUGUGCAAGUACAGGAGUUCAUUAGACACCUGAAUGCCACUAACGUAACAACUGCGCAUCUGGGUAGGAUGCGGAGGAGCAUCAUGGACAAGUUUACGCGAUGGUCGCAUGGCAACUGGUGUGGAGCAUACACUGGUGGCUUCGAGAACCAUUGCAAGCAUGCUCGAGGGGUGUGCAAGGCACCGUAUGAUAAGGUCUCAGAAGCAUGCAAGAAUUGUAAUCCUACAAUAGACGGUAUCGACGAACAUUGCAUGGAGCAUGAUAGAUGCCUGCUAGAAUACGGUCCUGGGCCGAGCGGAUGUUUACCACAGGGGAACAGGUGCGCGUGUGAUUACAAGCUUGUCUUGGGAGCAAUACAGAGUGGGAUCUCGUGCUUACACAAGGGAGAAUCUGAAUGCGCCAAGGCAUCGGCAACAAUCGGCGCCCUUUUUACAACAAUGCUGUCAUGCUGGUACCCAAGCGAGGUCUGUUUCCCAGGAGUUAAGGUUCAGUGUGGCUGUUCUGCUUGUUCUUGCCCCAGCGUUAAAGUGAUCAAAACUUGCGUCCCGUUCAAAUUUUGCGUUCCGUUCGGAUCCGGGAAAGUGGCAUGGUAAACAAAACGUUGACUUCUUACUUGAUCACUUGCACUAAACCAAGACAGGCACAUCUUCCUUGGCUUUGAAAAGCUGGAGCACUAGAGAGUAUCGGGGAUCACAAAUAACUUAAAACGCACAACACAACACGACGUCAUAGUAAACCCAACAAGGCUUUGUUGAACCAAGGCUUUGUGAUGUUUUCUCAGAGUUAGCAAAGUUGCACAGUAGUGAGUUUUAUAAGAUAAUACUCCUGUUAAACAGUUUUUGUAUUGAGGGUAUCAACAUGAAUCUAUUUACAUUAACAUUAUUUCAAGAAUUCGA